AAACUAAGGCACACACAAGCCAGCUUCUUCCUUUGGAGAAUCAACUAAUUCUUCCUUAGGAGGAAUAGUGUGUGGGUGCCAAAAAGGUAAUACAAUUAUCUCCAAAAAUUGUAAUCUUCCCAGAAAACACCAAAAAAUGGCUUCAAAAGGAACUGUAAUUUGCAUGGCUUUAGUUCUUAUUGUGACCAUGAUUUCAGUAGAAGUCAUGGCACAAUCCGAUUGCACUAGUACACUUAUUACUAUGGCUUCAUGCCUUAACUUUGUCACCGGAAGUGCGGAGACGCCGUCAGCCGCCUGCUGCUCCGCCCUCUCUGGGGUGCUGCAGUCUAAGCCACGGUGCCUUUGUCUCAUUGUCAAUGGUGGUGGUUCCUCGUUGGGAGUCCAAAUUAAUCAAACUCAGGCACUUGCAUUGCCUGCUGCAUGCAAGCUGGAGACUCCUCCUGUUAGUAAAUGCAACGCUGGUAAUGGACCGGUAAUGUCUCCAGAGGGUGCACCUACAGAAGGAACUCCAGAUUCUUCAACUGGUAUAGCGGUGUCAGGCUCAAAGGCAGCAGGAAGCAGUACUACCUCUGAUGGAAGUCCACUGAAGGUUCCAGUUCAAGUUGUUGUCAGCAUCCUUCUUUUCAUGGCUUCCUACGUUGUCAUGAUUUGAAGUUUCUUGAGUUUCAUCUGGAGUAUCUUAAUUAGUACGUGCUAAAUAAAAUAGCACUAUGAUGCUACAUGUUUUGUUGUAUGUGGAGUGGGGUGGAGUGAUUUAUAAUUAGCAUUUGUCUUACGUUUGUAUGUGUCUGUUCCUUUUCCAAUUUGUAUCUCUAUUGUACCAGUGAUUGAACUCAAGAAGUUUAUUUAUAAUUAUAGUUCUAUAUGGAGAAAAUUGUUUCAGGUUUUGCCAAUUUUUAA